CACCGAGCUACCUCCUUUCGCGAACUACACGUAUGUGUGGACCCCUGGGAUCGGACUGAGGGCCCCCCCUCGAGUCGCAGAAGCUGUGAGCGUGGGCAUCGAGAAUCUUGGUGGCAAGGCACGAUGCUGUCCCGAUGGGAGCUGUCCCUCUACCUGCUUGCUUCACUAGGCUUCCACUUCUAUUCCUUCUAUGAAGUUUAUAAAGUGUCCAGAGAACACGAAGAGGAAUUGGACCAAGAAUUUGAGCUGGAGACGGAUGCGUUAUUUGGAGGCUUAAAGAAGGACCCAAUGGACUUUGAGUGGAGCUUCUGGAUGGAAUGGGGGAAGAAGAAGCUGGCAUGGCUCCUCCUUGGCCACAUGGUGGUGUCUCAAAUGGCCACCCUGCUUGUCCAGAAGCACAGACCCUGGGUUCUUAUGGCCUAUGGAAUGUGGGCCUGCUGGAGCGUGCUGGGCGCUCCUGGUGUGGCCAUGGUCUUUCUUCAUACCCUCAUCUCCUACUGUGUGGCCCAGUUCCGGUCGCUGGGCCUGUCGUGGCUCUGUUCCCUCCUCCUGCUUUCCACGCUGAGGCUGCACGGUGUGGAGGAAAUUAAGAGAAGGUGGUACAAGACGGAGAACGAGUACUACUUGCUGCAGUUCACGCUCACGGUCCGCUGCCUGUACUACACCAGCUUCAGCCUUGAGUUCUGCUGGCAGCAGCUGCCCGCGGCCCGGGCUGCCUACUCCUUUCCCUGGAUGCUGGCCUAUGUCUUUUACUACCCAGUCUUCCACAACGGGCCCAUCCUCAGCUUCCCAGAGUUCAUUACACAGAUGCAACAGCAAGAGCUCGGCUUGUGGAAGACCAGCCUCGGCAUCCUGGCCUGGGGCCUGGGCCGCCUCCUGUGCUGGUGGGCGCUGGCUGAGCUGAUGGCCCGCCUCAUGUACAUGCACGCCAUCUACAGCAGCAUCCCUCUCCUGGAGGCCGUCUCCUGCUGGACCUUAGGAGGACUGGCCUUGGCCCAUGUGCUCUUCUUCUAUGUGAAGUACCUGGUCCUUUUUGGUGUUCCAGCUCUGCUCAUGCGCCUGGAUGGACUCACACCACCACCCCUGCCCCGCUGUGUGAGCACCAUGUUCAGUUUCACGGGGAUGUGGAGGUAUUUUGAUGUUGGACUACAUAAUUUCUUAAUCAGGUACGUGUAUGUUCCCCUGGGCGGAUCCCAGCGUGGCGUGCUGGGGACUCUGUUUUCCACUGCAAUGACGUUUGCACUUGUGAGCUACUGGCAUGGCGGCUAUGACUACCUCUGGUGCUGGGCAGCACUCAACUGGCUGGGGAUUACCGUGGAGAACAGCAUCCGGAAGCUCGUGGCGAUGCCGUGUGUCCAGGAUAGUCUGGCCCGACACCUCUCCCCUCAAGCUCGCCGCCGAGUCCAUGCUGCCCUGGCCUCUUGCUCCACUUCCAUGCUCAUCCUGUUCAACCUGGUAUUUCUUGGGGGUAAUCAAGUUGGGAAAACCUACUGGAAUAGGAUCUUCAUACAAGGCUGGCCGUGGGUGACCCUCUCUGUCCUGGGAUUCCUGUACUGCUAUGCCCACGUGGGCAUUGCCUGGGCCCAGACAUACACUGUGGACUAAUGCUGCUAGCAAUGGCAUUUGAGCCUGAUCUGCUCUAGGCUGUGCUCCAAGAGACCAGUGCUUGGUCUGCUCCUCUUCUGUUGAACUUGCCUCACUCCAAGACAGAAGCCUGAGAAUUCAUAGGAAAUGUGCAACCAGUCUGCUCAUAUUGGGGUUGUAGAGAUAUGGUACCAGCACCAUCAUUUUCUUGUUGAGUAACAUGGAGCCCAGGGCAAUAGGGCACUGUACGUGGUUGCACAUAAUGCUAUUUUAGUCUAGAACAUAAGGCUACUGGUGCUUUCAUCCAAAAUUAAAUGUAAGGACAUUUGGACUCCACUAGGCAGUAUUUCUAGACUAUUUUGGUGUGAUGUCAAGAACCAAUCCUAGCUGCUUCACACAGCUAGCUCCUUCAGUAGGGAGGUGACAGAGCUAUUUCUCAUGGCCUGGUCCAAGAAGACAGCAGUGGGGUCCUGUGGACUUUGUAGGAAUCCUAAUAUUUGAACUCUGGCUGCUUAUUCCUGAGACCAUCAGUGAAGAAUACAUACAGUAAUAAUCAUUUAGACAACUGUUUACCAGUAGCGUUCCUGCAUGCAGGAACGGAUCUACAGUCAUAAAAGGUGAUGAGCAAGAAGUUUGCUGUGGGCUUGUCUGCCAUGCAAGUCCAGUCAUGGUCUCCUCGGUGGUUUUAUACUGCUUUGUUUGUAUUCAAAUAAAAUAAAUCUUAUGUUUCAUAGAUAAUUCACAUUUUUAAUAAUCGUCUGGAGUAUUUUUUUGAAGAAAUGUUUAAAAUCCAAUCAUACUUAUGAAAAUGGACAACACUAACAGGUUACCAAUGGUCUCCAGUGGUCACUAACUCAAAAUUUGGCUUUGGGUAUUUUGUUUGAUUUUUGAAAGAGAGGAGGGAUGAUAAAUCUUUAAAAAUUCAAAUCCAUAGUGUAUCCAAUGACAGGUUUAUAUUAUCUCAGGCACAUGAAUUAAGCUGUCAUUGAGUGUGACAGUUACUUGGGCUGUAUUUGCAUCUCGUAUCUAUGACAUGAGACAGUACAUUUGUCUCUGCCACAGGUAUCAACUCAGUGUGAUUUACCUUCUAAAGUGCAAGACCGAUCAUCUUGUUAACUGUUUUCUUCCUGAUGGCUCUGCUUAGGGGAGAGAGUUGGGAGGGGGCCAGAGGUUGGUUGCCUGAGAUAUACACACUGUGUGUCAGCUGAAGCAAAAACAGAGGCCAGUGAGGGACAGGUAGACAUGGACCACACUAGCUGGCAAAGUUAAGAGGGAGGUGUGUGAUAGGUGAUUCCAGAGUGCUGGAAGGAAUGAAUAGCUGGUGAGGAGUGGCAGCUCAGAUGAAUACAGCAAAACUUGAUGAACUGCCAUGGGUCAGGAUUUAUGGGCAGAGGGAGAGAGUUUGGAUGAAGUUUCCUUGGGAGGGGUUCCUAGGAAAAAUGAUUGGAGGGGAAUAUCUAAUGUAUGUAUGUAUAUAAAUAUUUUGAGCUUUCCCAAGAUGCUAUUUAUUUAAAACUUAUUCACUAUAGUAUAUUGAAAGAGUCCGUGGAUGUAUUUGCCAGGAAUAAUCCUCCCUUUCUUUUACAGUACUCUAUGAUUUAGCAUGGUUCUGAGGAGUUGGUCAGAGUUUGCUGUUUAGCUCUGUGUGUGAGGCCUGGCUAACCACCAUAGGAUUACCCAGGAUCACGGUUCUAACUUCUCACCUGCUCCCUAGCACCAAGAUGAGAAUGGCAAUACUGCUUACUUCAUGUAAGUGAACAAACUCUUGCAGUUGCUUUAACUGGAAGACUCUUGAACUUCCUGGGCACACCAACUGUACCAACUGAGAAACUUCAGAUGUGUCAGCAGCCCCGGGCAGCUCCAGGCAUGGCACUGAGACUCAACCAGGGCCCAAGGUCACUUGUAGCCCCAGGAUCCUUGGACCUUGACCUAGUUUUGUGAACAAGCCUGAGAACUCCAAGCACCAUCAUCGCUGCAGUGAUGCCCAAGGGGAGAAGCAAGACAACUGGAGGUUUGUUUGACUUCCUGUCUUCACCCUUGGCAUGAAGCAACACAGUCUUAACCAGAUGCAGCUACCUGGUCACGGACUUGCCAAGAACUGUAAGCCAAAGUAAAGCUCUCUCCCUUGUAAAAUACUCCAUCUCAGGUAUUCUGUGACAUCAACAGAAAGAGGACUAAGGCACAGGGUUUGAAGGGAUCUCCCUACCCUUCAAUAGCAGAUACUGCUGUGCCAUAAGAGCACUCCCUUCGAUUGUCUCACCAUACACUAUUGCAUCACCUUGAUAUCUCUGAAAUGUUCAGUUCUCUGAAAACUACAAUCAUAAGUGCAGUCCCAACCAGUGCUUCCCAAGCUCCUGAGGAUGUUAUUUCCCGAUUCUGACAUUUUAGGUCAAACACCCAAUUCAAUGACUUAGAAUUACAUAAGGAAAGACAAAAGCAAAAUCAUGUAUAAAAUAGUUUAUUACCAUAAUAAAUAAAAUUAAACUUUUUUUUUCCUUUUUACAAAUAUGAUUUGUGCUUGUUUAAAAAUGUAGAGAAGGGAAUAAUAGCAAUGGAGGGUCCCACACAUUCCUCUUAACUUUUCCCGCAACAGACAUACAGUGGAGUUCCUGGCCCCAUUCUCUGCUCACCACAGCAAUAGUAUCAGCUCAUUUGCACUCUGUUUAUUCAUGCUUGUUUGAACAAAAUUACAGAUGCAAAAGAAAAACCCAAUAAAGGACUUGGCAGGACUUAAUGGAAAGAGUGUUACCAUAGGGAGAAGCCCCAGAAUGACGAACCACUCAUAAGGACUGUCCUUGCAAUGUCUGUGAAAAGUGGAGUGGACAGUCUCCAAUGGAUGCAGAAUCAGGGUCUGAAUAGGAAGAGAAUACAUUCAGUAGGGAGGGGUGCAUCCUUGUUCAACAGAAAAGAAACCAUUCCUAUCCUGAUGCAAGACCUGUGAACGUCUCAUUGAACAACGAAGAGGUCCACUGGAGGACUCUGAAGUCACAGGUAAGAGAGGCAAUGGCUCCUAAGUGUGAUGGUGGGCAGUGGGCCGGCACCCCCUGCCCCCACGUCUGGCACCUGCAGAGUAUUUGGGUCCAGUUCUAUGGAUUCCAGCGUUAAGUCUGAUCUGCUCUUAUGAGAAUGAAGUUUCACUUGAAACUAAUUUAAGGUGUAGGUAAAUUCACAUUGAUCCCUUCAAACCAUGAACACCUUUAGUGAGAAACCAGUGCUUC